AUGUCCCGUGCAUUUUUCCGACAGCUACUGCAAGCGACUCGGUUGACGCACGGAUCGGCCGUUAACUCCUGUCACUUCAUCAAUACCAGUGCCACCAUCUACGACCAAGGCGGUAGGACGAGCACCCAGUCGCCCUUACAUCGUGCACUCAAGCCCGAGUCCGACAACGGCGAUGUUAAGGAAAUUCGUCGACGCGCGCAAGACAACCCCUGGACACUCGAGGAGCCUAGUUGGAGACCGUGCUCGUUCAACGAAUCCCCCGGUUACGCCCCUUUGCAACUCGGUGAAGUUCUCUCCGGGAACUACGCACAGUACAAGGCCAUCCGCAAGCUUGGCUGGGGGACCGAUUCAAGUGUCUGGCUGGUGGAGCGAGUCGCUUCCGGGCAUCCAGAGCUGCUGCCCGGUAGGUUGCUUGUCGCGAAAGUCUUGACCAUGCACUCUACCUGGCUCGAGCACCGCAAGAUCACUUCACAAAUCAUUCUUUCAAUCGAACUCGCCCGGCACGGCGAGGACAUGCCUGGUACGAACUCGACCGUACCCAUGCACGAUUUCGGCGCCCACCAGACUCGACACGGCUCCCAUCUCUUCACCGUCAUGCCACCGAUGUCGACCGAUGUCGAUCGCGUACAGCUUGCGCUACAAACGGUCGACCCAGACCGUGACGUACUGCUCGUCCGACGUGUUGUCAAACAGGUGCUGCGGGGUUUAGAGUGUGUACACGAGUUGGGCUUUGUGCACGGAGGCGCGUUGGCUCCGAUCUAUCCCACGACCGCAUUGGUGACCCUGUUGGUUGGGACAGAUAUCAAGGCCGAAAAUCUCGGCGUGCCAUUGGGCGAUGAGGAUAUCCCCGAGCUGAAGAAAUACUUGGAGAGGGUUCCAGCAGAGACUCUACCUCCUCGCGUAUUUCCCGACUACGGUCCCGACCCGGUUACUUGCGUCAAGACGCAGCCCUAUCCUUCGUUUGGGCACAACCACGAGGUGCCUAGACUCUUCGUACAACUUGGUGACUUUGGUAGUUCAAUAUCGGUCUCUAGGGAUACCACCGGGAUGCUGGCCAUGCCUAGGAUGUUGCGUGCACCGGAGGUCAUACUGGGGCGUCGCUGGGGCCAGCCCAUCGAUAUCUGGGCACUUGGAUGCUUGGCUGCGGAACUUCUGCUCCGUGAGAUGCUCUUCUUUCCCGACGAAUCCGUAGGCGAGGACGACGUGGGCGACAGCGAGCAUCUCGAGCAAAUGAUACAUGUGCUCGGUCCGUUCUCCCAAGCAACCCUGGCUAAGUGCCCAGAGCGAGACAGGCACUUCGACGCAGACGGGUCGCUGAAGCCGUUUGUCGGCAAGAAGAAAAUGCUGCCUUGCCCUCGGCUCCGGCAGCGGCUGGCCGGCGCUGGGCUGACUGGCAACACACUCGAUGAGAUGGAUGGGUUUCUCCGCCUGAUGCUGACGUUGGACCCGGAUGAGCGUGCGACCGCAAGCGAGUUGCACAGGCACCCAUUCAUCAACAGGUUCGAUUACGAGAACAACAUCCUCGAAUAG